AUUUGAUUUAAUAAAAAAAAUCAUACAUAAUUAAUUAAUCGCAUGAAUUCUUCUUCACUGAGAAAGAAUCCCCUUUGUUUCUCUUUGUUUUUUUUUUGUUUUUUUUAUUUUUGGUGAGAAAUUCUGUCUGUUUUGUUCUCUCGAUCCAUCAUAUUUUUCCCCGAAUCUGUAGAAACGAUUUUCGAGGCGGUUAAUCUUCUCCACGAUGUGGGCCGAGCUUUUAUGCGGUCUGGUGAUCUACCGAGUGCUCCGGUACUUCUUCUCCGACGACGACGUUUUGGAGGUCGAAAACACCGACUCCGGCGCCCUUUUCUCCGUGGCAAACAAAAUUGAAAAGCUUUAUGAUGGAAAGGUCUAUGCUGGGCUUCGAAUUCCAGAUGCCGAUACUGGUUCACGAGAGAAUAUUGAUAUGGUACUUGUCACAAAAGGGGGGGCAGUGGUGAUUUCUGUCAAGAAUUUCUCAGGGAUUAUAUCAAUAGAUGCAGACGGAAGCUGGGUUUGCAAUGCUGGGGACAGACACAAGGCAGAGCGUCAUCCGGACCCUGUAGCUGAAGCUAAAAAACGAGUCUCGAUUCUUGAGUCAUAUCUUGAACAGAGGGGAGUAGCCCUGCCAGAAGGAUAUGUGUCUUGCCAAGUCAUUCUUGCUAACCCAAAGUACUGCUCCAUUCACUCAAACCAUAUUCCAUCUGAGGUCAUUACCUAUGACCAGUGGACCCAACUGAAACCAGAAGCAAAGAGUUUGUUUUCUGGUUGGUUUAAGGGUGGUCUAAGGGCUGGAAAGAAAGAGAUGCAGGAAUCAAUACAUCAGAGGCUUAAUUUUGUGCUCAGCACUGCUCCAAUGUGGGAUAGGCUGGAACUUAAAGGUAAUAAAUAUGUCUUAGGAGAAUUCCUCGAAUUUAAAGGAAAACAUGAUGAUACCCAAGCUUUGAGAAAUAUCAAGAGAUCGAAAGUUAGUCGUCUGAUCAUCCAGAAGUUCAGCAUGCUUGGUUUUGCCCCUUCAAAGGUCCAAUUAUUGUACUCUCCUCGUGAUUAUCGAAGUGACGGGGCUUCGGCUUCUGAGUGGAAGGAACUAACCAUUAGAUCAAGCACUGAGGUUCUAUUUCAGCCCCAGAAUUCCACAAAGGUUCGCAAAUUCAAGCUGUCUUCAAUCCUUUCUAUGUCACUAAGCGCCUGAAGAUGCUUCUUCUGGAUAUGAUAUUGGAUCACUCGCUGAUGUAAGAGGUACCAUUUAAAAAUUAUCCCUGAGCUCACUUCUUCUGUUUCUGAUACGUUAAAUCAUCCUCUUUGUCCACAUGAGUUAGUAUAUUUGAUAGAACAUCGUGUUAAAGAAAUGAAGAACAAUUAAGAACAAUGCAUGCUCUACUUAAUGCAAGAACAGAAGAAAAAAAAUUAUUGUCUGGUACUGAAGUGGUUAUAUUUUAUUUUUCGUGUUGAAGUUUUAAGAUGUAUUAGAAUUUUUAGCAAUCCAAAGAGUUAAAUAGAAACAUUCAAUUUC